AUGGCCGCUAAAUCUACAUUGACGGCACAAAUUCAGCCCGCCGCUCCUGCAACAGUCAGGUGCCCAAUCUUGAGACAGUAUUUCCCGGCGAGUGAAAUGGUAUGGCAUUCAUUUAUGUGCCCGGCCAAGACAAGCGAAGAGCAAUUUCGAGCCGUCUUUGGCCCUUCUGGUCUUGGUACCAAGGAUCGAUUCUUCGUUACCGGGAUUAAUCAUAUCCUGGUCCACAAUGUGAUUGCCCACGCACUUGACAAAGGGCGCAUCGUCAUAGUUCCACAGUGGCUGGAUCCCCGAAAAGAUUUCUCGGAGUGCCACUUUAAGGUGGUGCUCAUGAGAACAGAGACCGGUCCCUGGGAAAUCGGCAAGUCUGGACGUCACUGGCAGGACCUUAACUGCUCUAAAUUUACCUUGCCUUGGGAGGAUGCGCCUGACGAGCGGUUCCUGGCCUUCAGCUUCAUCGCUGCCUUGGUCAAUUCUUUCAACUUUAACUGGUGGGCUGACGCAGAUGACGGCCUUGCUAUAGACCGUCUACCAAAAUACUUCCCUUGGUAUACAUGGGUCGGCCUGAACCUAACUUCAGGUACUGCAAAAGUGGUUGCUCAACUUAUGGACUUUGAGCCAUCCCGGUCGCACGGCCAUAACAGGUAUAUCUGGGAAACCUUUUUGCAGUCGCUGCCCCAAACACUACGGCAGUAUACAGAUCAGGCGGCCAUGCCACAGCCGUCUUCAACGCAGGUAGACGGGCAAACGGGGCAGGAUAUAAGCCAGAUGAAUACGCUGCAGCCGCCUCCAGCACAGAUGGAGCAAGAGAUGGGGAUGGAUAUGGGCCAGGAGGCUAUGCAACAGCCGUCUUUCGUACCGAUGGACCAGCAGAUAGGGCAGAAUCAAAUCUGCCCACAGCCAUACGGGGUAGCGCUACCACUCCAAAUGGACUUCGAAGCCCCGGUGCAAGGCCCGCCAAUGGCUAAUGGGUACGAAUGGGGCUAUAAUACCCAGGAGAUGCCAGACGCUGGGCCUUCGAAUACGCAGAACGGGCUAGCGGUCGACGAUGGAGACUUAGCGGAGCCACAAAUGGGAGGCGAUCUCCCUGUUGAUCCCGCAAUGAUGGAUCAGAGUGUAGAGGCUUGCCCCGAUACGAAUGGGCUCAGUAUGGAUGAGCCAUACUAUGCGGACGGAAGCCCUACUUCAUCCUUAGAUGUCGAACCCUCCCUAGAAGAGGAGGUUCUUACUGACAUCACACCUGCUGCCGCAACCGGCACAGGUGCUGACAAGGGAAAGGGGAGGGCUGAUCUCCCUGGCUGGCGCUGGCAGACUGGUGAUGAGUUUUACAUUCGAGUCCAAGAGUACUUGCUGGAUGAAAUAUCGGUGGAGGAACUGGAGUCUUUUUUCGGGUAG